CCAAUGGACAACAGAAGCCAACUAAACUUGAGGGAGAAGCACUGAAUGAAGUGUGAUGAAACAAAGUUAAGAAACUCAAUCACAAAGUUCUUCCUUCACUCUCUGUUUGUGUUUGAGUUUUUGUGUGUUGACGUACAAACAAGUGAAUGCUUUUGCUUGCCAUCUACAACACUGCAAUGCACUCUCUCAAUCAAUUCCAACCAGCACCACUCAUCAUAUUCUCAUACCAUAUUAUUAUAUCAACACAUCUGAGUUUGGUUUUGAGGGAUGAAUGAAAUGCAAACUUGAACUGUUUUGUUGGAAUCAUGAACAACACCAAGAAUGUGAAUCACCAUCAUCACAGAAGAGGUCACAGCUUCAAUGGUUUUCCCAACAUUCAUCCCUUCUCCAACACAAAUUCUUCCCAAGGGAAACCGGGGAAAAUUUCAUUUGAAUCAGCAAAACUGGCCACAAGUGAGAUUGAUGAUCUAUUGUCAUCCACAGAAGGAGGAAAGCAUGACUAUGAUUGGCUCCUUACUCCCCCGGAGACACCUCAUUUACCAUCAUCAGAAGGUUUACACCAACCAACUUUGGUGCCUCCAAGAAGCAGUUUGGGUAGACCAAUGUCAAACACUCAUACCUCAAGGCUUUCAGUCUCACAAAAACCAGAGAACACUCACUCUCACUCAAAACCAGCAAGAACUGGUUCAGUGACUCGCAGUCCAAGCAGAUCCUCCUCCAUCCUUAACACAAGACCAUCUUCUCCCAUAACUCGUUCUCCAUCUGCAGCAAGACCUUCCACUCCAACCUCACGCCAAACUGCAACACCAAGAACACUUUUACCACGCUCACUUCCCAGUUCUACAAACUCAUCACCAUCAAAUGACACCAACAAAACCAGAACAUCACAAGGUUCAAGGCCAUCCACUCCAAGGUCGUCAUCAUCAUCAUCCAUUACUGCAAACUUCCAUUCACCAUCUGCCAUUUCAAGGUCUCCUUCACGGCCCUCCACUCCCUCUCGCCGCCAUUCUCUGCCAUCUCAAUUACCUUCAGCCACACGUGUUGCACGCAAGCCAAUAGUUCCACCUGAUUUUCCUCUUGAAACACCACCAAACCUCAGAACAACACUUCCUUCUGAUAGACCUGUUUCUGCAGGAAGGUCUCGUCCUGGUUCUGCUGUUACUCUGAAACCAAACUCUGAAAUGCAAACCCCAGUUGUUACCACCAUGUCAAGGAGACAGCCAUCUCCUAUUUCCAACAGGGGGAGGCUCUCUGAGUACUCAUCGAAAAGCCGCGGCCAUGCAAAUUCUGGUGAUGCCUCUGAGGUUCCUGCAAGGAAAUCUGCCACAGACAACAAUGGCUUGGGAAGAACCAUCUCAAAGAAAUCACUGGAUAUGGCUAUCAGACACAUGGAUGUUGUGAGGAACGGGAACGGUUCAGGAACUCUUCGUUCACUUUCAAGUGCAUCACUCUACCCUCAGAGCAUUCGAACUUCUUCAACUCCCAACAAGACACACCACACUCGAGGUUUGAGUGUUCCAUCUUCAAUGAACAUUAAUGGAAGCCUCCAAAGCAGAAACCAUGGAAACAACACUAACAGAAAAAAUGGCAGAGAGAAAGGUGAAAGGCAAAAUCACAAACUGGCUGAUCUGUACGAGAGUUAUCCUUAUGAUUCACUGUUGCUUAAAGAAGAUUUGAACAACACAAAUUGGCUGCAUAGUGUUGAUGAAAAAUGUGAUAUCUUUGGGAAUGGAUUUGAGUCUCUGCCAGAACCCUUUGGACUCUGCUAGCAUUGUUUCUUCUUCUCACAGAAAUUUGUAAUAUGCUAUUUACUUCUUCAUUAUCGUGUCUCAGCGCUGGGGAAGUGAAGAACAUGGUGUAUAUGAAAUGCAUGGAUUAACUUCGAUCUUACGAUACAAGUGAAUACCAUGCAAAACAUUAUCAAUAUUCACGUUCGUUAUGCAUAGUCAAAUUGUGAAAUAAAAGAAACAUAAAACUUUUAGAUUAAAAUAUAUUUUACAGUGUAUAUAUAAUACAGUAAUUUAUUUGAUUAGUUAUGAUCUUGAAUGAA